UUAUCAACUGCUGGGGGUAACUUGGUAGCCAAGGCAAGUGUUUUGGGCUUCGGCCAAGGAACAGCCAAAGGAGGAUCACCGAGAGCCAGAGUAGCAGCAUACAAGGUGUGCUGGCCUCCAGUUUCUGGAGAUGAAUGCUUUGAUGCUGAUAUAUUGGCAGCUUUUGAUGUGGCCAUUCAUGAUGGUGUUGAUGUGCUGUCUGUGUCACUGGGAGGAGAUCCCACAGCCUUUUUCAAUGACAGCGUUGCAAUUGGCUCUUUUCAUGCUAUCAAGCAUGGAAUUGUCGUGGUCUGCUCAGCUGGUAAUUCUGGUCCUGCUGAUGGUACCGUCUCCAACAUUGCACCAUGGCAGAUCACGGUUGGAGCCAGCACCAUGGAUAGGGAGUUUCCUAGCAUUGUCGUCCUCGGCAACAAUAUGCGAUACAAGGGACAAAGUCUGUCAGCUAAAGAUUUGCCAGACAAGAAGUUCUACCCCCUUAUAAGUGCAGCAGAUACUAAGGCGGCUAAUGCAUCAAUUGAAAAUGCGUUGUUAUGUCAGGCUGGUGCCAUUGAUCCUAAAAAGGCAAGUGGAAAGAUCUUGGUAUGUCUUCGAGGGCAGAAUGCAAGAGUGGACAAGGGUCAGCAAGCUGCUCUGGCUGGUGCUGUUGGCAUGGUUCUUGCAAACAACAUUCUCUCAGGGAAUGAAAUUAUUGCUGAUGCUCAUGUCCUCCCUGCUUCACAUAUCAAUUACACGGAUGGUCUUGCUGUUUUCACUUACAUUAAUUCAACGAAGUAUCCCACUGCUUAUAUCACGCCUGUAACCACACAAAUUGGCACAAAGCCAGCCCCCUUCAUGGCAGCAUUUUCGUCAAAGGGACCCAACACCAUCACACCCGAGAUCCUCAAGCCUGAUAUCACUGCACCAGGAGUGAGUGUAAUAGCUGCCUAUACAGAAGCACAAGGGCCAACAAAUGAAGAUUUUGACAAGCGCCGAGUUCAAUUUAACUGUGUAUCGGGCACUUCAAUGUCAUGUCCUCAUGUUUCAGGCAUUGUUGGUCUUCUUAAGACCCUUUACCCUAAUUGGAGUCCUGCAGCAAUCAAAUCCGCAAUUAUGACUAGUGCAACCACAUGGGACAACAUGAAGGAGCCAAUUCUAAAUGCAUCGACCAUCAAGGCAGGACCAUUUAACUAUGGAGCAGGACAUAUACAACCAAACCUUGCUAUGGAUCCUGGACUUGUUUAUGACUUAGCAGCUACUGAUUACCUAAACUUUCUAUGCUCUUUGGGGUACAAUGAAACACUAAUUUCAAUGUUCUCAGAGAAGCCGUAUAAAUGCCCAAAGCGAAUUAGUCUUGCCAACUUCAACUACCCUUCAAUCACAGUCCCUAACCUUGUUGGAUCCAUUACAGUGACUAGGACUGUUAAAAAUGUUGGUUCACCAGGUAGUUACAGAGCCCAAGUGCAGAGACCAACCGGAAUUUCUGUCCAGGUUAAGCCAAAAAAAUUGAAGUUCAAAAAGGUUGGUGAAGAGAAGACAUUCAGUGUUACCCUGAAGGUUAUGAAAGCCCAUGCAGUUAAGGAGUAUGUAUUUGGGCAGCUGAUAUGGUCAGAUCAUGUACACUAUGUGAGUAGUCCUAUAGUAGUGAAGGCAGUCUAGAGGCUGACAAAAAUUGCUUCAGCUAUUUUAAAAUUUUAAUCAUUGGAUUAAUCCUUUGAUCCUACUUAGGUGCUUUGACCAUUAUUCUUCAAGGCAAUGCUGUUAUAUUUGACUAAGCAAUAAAUAUUGGCAAAAAGAAAACCUAUUG